AUGAGUGGGAAGAUAUGGGCUGAUAAAUCGGAUCUGCCUGUAAUGAACACCGCUUCGAUACGCACAGGAUUCCGGGAGAGUUAUUCGUGGAAAGGAGAGAUCGCAAUGGAAGGGGAAAAGGAAACUUCCAAGGAGGGGUCCACUAUAGUUCCAAAAUCACAGCGGGAGGGUCAAUCAAGGGAGUAUCGGAUUAUCGGUUUCCAAAUUCAUCACCAGUAUCUUUUGAGUGGAAUUCUAACGGAAUUAAGGGAGAUUGAUUGGCACGGGUUAGAGUACUAUAAGUAUAAGCUUGAGCGCUGUAGUAUCAUACGCUCUUACUCUUGCUUUUGUCUCUCUAGUAUUCUCAACAUCUUAUACGGAAAUUCUCUUUGGGUGUUGCUUUUGCAAGGGCUCGCCAUGUCUCAAGGACACAUUCUCGGUGCUGGUGAUUCUGUCAAGGGCAACAAGAAACAAGGAACCCGCCUGAAGAUCACGGUGCCUCGUUUUGAUAACACGGCUCUGAUCAGGGGUUACUCUAGAACCCUGAUUGGACGGUGCAUGAACCCGGGAGCUCAGGAUGUCCAAGCUCUUCUUCACCAUAUGCCUCGGUUCUGGAAGAUGGAGGAGCGAGUUGGGGGUGCGGACUUGGGGAUGGGGAGGUUUCAGUUCGACUUCGAGAACGAAGAGGAUAUUGCGGAGGUAUUCAAACUGGAGCCUUUCCAUUUUGAUUAUUCGAUGGUCUCCUUGGUGAGAUGGGAACCAGUGAUGGAGCCGACAUAUCCAUCUGCGAUCAAGUUUUGGGUCCGGAUGAUGGGAAUCCCACUUCAUUUUUGGGCUGAGCCAACAUUCCGGAGCAUCGGAGAGGCCAUUGGAGAGGUUUUGGAGGUUGAUAUUGAUGGUGGCCGAGUUCGAGUAUGCCUCGACGGGUAUAAGCCCUUGAUUUUUGAGACAAGUGUGGCUUUUCACAGUGGAGAAGAAACGGUGGUGAUGCUUCGUUAUGAGCGGUUGUUUGGGGUUUGUAGAGAAUGCUCAAGUCUCUGCCACGAUGUGUUACAGUGUCCGACGAUUAGAAGAGCCAGGGAGGAGCGGGAAAGAUUGACGAGGAAGGAUGAAAAACCGGAUGGUGGGGUGACAAGUUACAAGGGAGUGGUCAUUAAUGGACCCCAGGGGGACUCAAGUGGUGCGCGACAGGUUCAAGCGCCUCAUGCUGGUGACCCAAAAGGAAAAGGAAAGGAGGUGGACGCGAGGGAGGAAAGAGGUAGACGGAACGGGGGCUUUCGGGGAAAUGGAAAGCAUGUAGGUGAGAGUUCUGGUGGCCAAAGGAAACCGGCAGGUUAUCUCCCUCCGGAGCAGCGGAAGAGAAUCAAUAGACCAAUGGCUCUGUCGGGGCGUCCGGGAACUCUUGGUGUUGCUAGUCAUGGUGGUGACACCGUUACGGAGAGGACCGGAGGGAACCAUAUCAGCCCAAGCCAACACUCGGCUUAG